UGUUGUAGUCGACAAAGAUGAAAAAAGGAGUUGAAGGUCUGAAGACUGCUUUAACAUCAAACAUGGAAAUGGCAGAGUUUGAAGUUUGCCCAGCUGGUUGCCUGUCUUUUUUUGUUUGUUUGUUUAAGAUUUAUUUAUUUAUUUUAUGUGAGUACACUGUCACUGUCUUCAGACACACCAGAAGAGAAAAUUGGAUCCAUUACAGAUGGCUGUGAGCCACCAUGUGGUUGCUGGGAAUGAACUCAGGACCUCUGGAAGAGCAGUCAGUGCUCUUAACCACUGAGCCAUCUCUCCAGCCCUUGUUGCCUGUCUUAAUUAGGGGAUUAUAGUUACGUGAUUGAAUGGAUCUCAGAAGAGACUGAACUUUGGACUUUUAACAUUGUUGAUACUGAUAUAGACUAUGGGGACUUUGGAAGUUGGACUUAAUGUACUUUAUUAUGCUAUGUUUAGGUAUGGCCUCCAUAGACUCAUGUGUUUGAACAGGCCUAUGGAGGCCAGGGAGUGGAAUGUGCUGGUUUGCAUAUGCUUGGCCCAGGGAAUGGCACUGUUAGAAGGUGUGGCCUUGUCGGAGGAAGUGUGUCACUGUGGGGAGUGGACUUGGAGACCCUCCUCCUAGCUGCCUGAGGAUGCUCAGUCUUUUCCUGGCUUCUUUCAGGGAAGAUGUAGAACUCAGCUCCUCCUGCACCAUGCCUGCCUGGAUGCUGCCAUGCUCCUGCCUUGAUGAUAAUGGACUGAACCUCUGAACCUGCUUUCGCCCAAUUCUCGGUACCAGGUCGGUGCUGGUGCCGACAAUUGGAGGUCCCACCGAGAUCGGAGAAGAAAGGGGUACCUACGGGACGUCCCAGGAGCCCGGCCGGCAUAGGAGAAGGGACGGAUUGGGUGAGUGGAUAGUGGAAAAGGAAAAUUUUCGUGCCAUGGGAACUGCGAGUUCUACUUCACAGCUAGCUGAUCAGGUAGUUACUUUGCUCGAGCAUCAGGGAAUUGGUAUAAAAGAAGAAACAGUUGAAGAAUUUAUUAAAACCUUAGAAAAGACUAGUCCUUGGCUUUCCCAUUCAGGAGAACUUAAUAUUCCUGAUUGGGAACAGGUUAUGAGAGAUUUGCAAAGAACGCUGCGGAAAUAUGGCCCUGAGAGCAUUCCUGCUGCCACGCUUUCUUUGUGGGGAUUGGUCAAGGAUGCUCUCUUGAAAAUAAGGGGACGGAGGUCAAAGAUAGAAAGAGCAUUUGGAGCAGCACAAGAUGAUGCCUCUUGUAGGUCCUUACAAACCUCUGAUCCAGAUCAGGAUUCUAGCUCAGAGGAGGAAAAAGGAGAGACAUCAGUAAAGGAAUUAGAGGUGCCUAAGAGAAAGAUUAAUAAGCACAGGGCCACUGAAAGAUCAGGAUCUCGUCCCCCUAGUGUAAAUCCCUUCUUUAAAGGAGAGGGAGCUACUGCUUCUGCCUAUGAACCCUAUUCCUCCUUGGAGUGGUGUUGUGAAGACAAGGCUACAAGGAGAGGGGUAAUUUUCUCUGAGCCUCCCCUUGGACAGAGGGUGGCAUUUCCUAUUGUUGAGGUCCCGGACCCCAGCAAUGCGGAUCAAUCCAUCAGACAGCAUGCUCCUUUGAGUUUUAAGGAGUUGAAAAACCUGAAAGAGGCAGUCUCUGCCUAUGGUCCCCUCGCUCCCUUUACUUCUGCCAUUUUUGAGUCCUAUGUUGCAUCCACUUUGACUCCUGGAGAUUGGCAACAGUUAUGUAGGGCAGCAUUGAGUGGCGGAGACUUUCUAUUAUGGAGGGGAGAAUUUCAAGAACUAUGUGCGCAACUAGCUAGACUUAAUGCGCAAGCAGGAUUUCCCCAGAGGGAUCUAGAAAUGUUGACGGGAACAGGACAAUAUGCGGCCCUUCCAGCCCAGAUUCUAUAUGAUCCUGCCGUUUAUGCUCAAAUUUCCACAGCGGCAGUUAAAGCUUGGAAGGCCCUGCCCAAUAAGGCAGCUGGGGAACAAUUAUCGAAGGUAGUACAAGGACCCUCGGUACCUUUCCAGGAAUUUGCUGAUAGAUUAUUACAGUUGGCUGGGAGGCUGUUUGGAGACAUUGAUACUGCUAUGCCUUUAGUGAAACAAUUGGCGCAUGAGAAUUCUAAUAAAUGAUGCAAGGAGGUUAUUAGAUCUCACAAGAGUAAGAGUCUGAUUGACUAUAUUAAGUUGUGUAAAGAAAUAGAUGGGAAUUAUGUAAUGGGACAGGUUAUCGCUGCGGCCAUGCACAAGGGAAACGGAGGAACCAUGAUUUGUUUCAGGUGUGGACAACCUGGACAUCUUUUUUUUUUUUUUUUGGUUCUUUUUUUUCGGAGCUGGGGACCGAACCCAGGGCCCUGCGCUUCCUAGGUAAGCGCUCUACCACUGAGCUAAAUCCCCAGCCCCAACCUGGACAUCUUAAAAGAGGGUGCCCUCAGAACAAAAAGAUAGGAGACUCUGGAUUAUGCCCUGGGUGCCGUAAAGGCCAUCACUGGAGAAGUGAGUGUAGAUCUAGGGAAGAUGUUGAAGGGCAGCCUUUAAACUUUCCGGGAAACGGGAGACGGGGCCUGCUCCGGGGCCCACAAGCCAGAGUGUACGGAGCCAUGAAAACUUCCGAGGUAGAACCUACCCCGACACAGUUUAUCCCUCAAACCAAUCCUUUUUCGUCAAGGACCUGGUCAGAGGGACCCCAGGAAGCGCAGGACUGGACCUCUGCUCCUCUGCCAGAGCAGUGUUAACCCCUCAAAUGGGCCCCCAGACACUUGGCACUGGGGUACAUGGGCCUCUGCCCUCUGGGAGUAUAGGCCUUUUGUUAGGCCAAAGCAGUGCCCUGAUGAGAGGAAUAAAAAUCUUUCCUGGAGUGAUUGACUCCGAUUUUACAGGAGAAAUUAAAAUUAUGGUUUCUGUAGAAAAAGGCAUUGUAGUUAUUCCUCAAGGGGAUAGGAUAGCUCAUUUGGUCCUUUUGCCCCAGUUUCAUACUGAUAAUCCUGUGUUUAAAUCUGCCCGUGGUAAUCAGGGCUUUGGGUCCACUGGGCCCGGAGCAUUUUGGGUGUCCUCCUUAGAGAAGCGUCCCACGCUUACUCUAUGGGUUGAAGGAAAGCCCCUGCGUGGGCUCCUGGAUACCGGAGCUGAUACAACUGUAAUAGCUAAAGCUUUCUGGCCACAGGCCUGGCCGCUAGAGAUAUCUUACUCCACCUUACAAGGAGUGGGGACAGCUACAGCUCCUCUAAAAAGUAGCAAGAUUCUUAAAUGGAGAGACGAGGAAGGACAUGAGGGAUGGUUUCAGCCUUUUGUUUUAGAGCAAAUACCUACCAAUUUGUGGGGACGAGAUGUGCUCAAUGAUAUGGGGGCUGUGCUGACAACUCAGCCUGUACGAAAUGUGAUGAGGAAACAAGGCAAACCUAGUAGUGUAAGCAAUAAAACAGACUUGGGAAAUUUAUCCUAAGGGUCACUGUUAAUAAGCCUCCGAAUGUUAAACCUUUGCCCAUCACCUGGAAGUCUAAUGAUCCGGUGUGGAUUCCACAGUGGCCCCUAUCCAAGGAAAAAUUGGAGGCAGCUCGUCAAUUAGCACAGGAGCAAUUAGAAGCUGGUCAUAUUGUUCCUUCCACUUCCCCUUGGAAUACACCUAUUUUUGUGAUUAAGAAAAAG